UUUGAUGUUCAAUAGCCUCGAUCACAGCCUGUAGACCAGUAAAAUAUGUCAGCGAUCUGAUUGAUACGGUACAGGUUUACACAACUGUCAUUGUCGUACUCUUAUGUAGCUAAACUAGUUUGCAUCAGAUGUUGCGUCAUGAAGCUAAUGUAGCCAAACGUCAAGGUAGCACUAUCAAGUAAUAGGUCACAAUCUUACAAGUAUGGCUACUGUAGACGUGAUGAGGUUGCAAGUUGUUAUACAUUUCGUGAAAUGGAAAAGGCGCGAAAAUGCACGUUUUUGAUUACCGGUGGCAGUGGAUAUUUUGGUUUCCGCCUUGCCUGCUCACUACAUAAAAAGGGAGCUAAAGUCAUUCUGUUUGAUAUGAGCCCACCCAGCCUAGAGGUUCCAGAGGGCAUUGUGUUCCUAAAGGGAGAUAUUCGUGAAUAUGCUCAGGUGGAGAAGGCGGUCACUGGCAUGGACUGUGUUUUCCACAUCGCCUCCUAUGGCAUGUCUGGCAGGGAGCAGCUGAACAGGAAGCUGAUUGAAGAGGUAAAUGUCCAGGGCACAGAGCAUGUCCUCAGGGCCUGUGUAGAGGCUGGAGUCUCCAGGCUCAUCUACACUAGCACCUUCAACGUAGUGUUCGGAGGCCAAGUCAUUGAGGGUGGUGACGAAAGCCUCCCCUACCUACCUCUCCAUCUCCACCCUGACCACUACUCCAGAACCAAGUCGGUAGCUGAGAUGGCCGUGAUGAAAGCUAGUGGUACAGAGCUGAAAGAUGGGACAGGUGUGUUGAGGGCCUGUGCUCUGCGUCCAGCCGGUAUAUACGGGCCUGGCGAGCAGAGGCACCUGCCCAGGAUCGUUGGGUACAUAGAGAAGGGGAUAUUCAGGUUUGUGUAUGGAGAUCCAAGAAGUUUAGUGGAGUUUGUCCAUGUAGACAACCUGGUGUCUGCACACGAACUGGCUGCAGAGGCUCUGAUGUCAGAGCACCAGCACCUCUCUGCUGGACAGGCAUACUUCAUCUCAGAUGGAAGACCUGUCAACAACUUUGAGUUCUUCAGACCUCUGGUGGAGGGUUUGGGUUACUCUUUCCCCAAACUACGUCUACCCCUCUCUCUCAUUUACUUUGUUGCAUUCCUCACUGAGAUGAUUCACCAUCUCAUCGGCCCAAUCUAUAACUUCCAGCCUCUGCUCACACGCACAGAGGUGUAUAAGACCGGAGUGACUCAUUACUUCAGCAUGGCGAAGGCCAAGGCCGAGCUGGGUUAUGAGCCCCAGGAGUAUAACCUGGAGGAGGUUGUGCAGUGGUUCAAGAGUAGAGGUCACGGAAGAAAACCUAGGGGUUCACGUCUCCAGCGACUGAUACUAGAUGGUCUUCUAUUAGCAGCUCUAGUAGCUCUGGCCCUUUCAUACCUCCCAGUGGUUGGCAGUUAAUCAGCAGGCAGUAAUAAAGUGAUACAUCUCAAUGGCACAUUUUAAAUGUUGAAACUUGUGCUAUACUAGUGGUGAUGGAUUGUUUAGUUUUCCCUUUAUUAAUUACAAUGUUGGCAAUUUGUAAAAUAAAUAAAUAAAUAAUAAUAUUAUUAACCUGGAGUAGACCUGUUCAAAUUAAAGACCACAUACCCUUGUCUUAAUAAAUUACCAUGAUUGUGUUUUGUGUAAAUUCCAACAAUGGGGGUGACCGGUAUCCUAGUGGUUAGAGCGUUGGGCCAGUAACCGAAAGGUUGCUAGAUCGAAUCCCGACCUGAAUCCCGAAUCUGUCAUUCUGCCCCUGAACAAGGCAGUUAACCCACUGUUCCCCGGUAGGCCGUCAUUGUAAAUAAGAAUUUGUUCUUUACUGACUUGCCUAGUUAAAUAAAAUAAAAAUAUAUACCUAGUUAGAUAUACUAACUUUCUCUAAACUUGAUUAUGCAUAAGAGACAUCUCUUGGUGCAGAUGUCUAUUGGUACAAACAAAAUUUGGUCCCACUUUAAAUGAAGUACAACUUAUAAAGCAUACAUAAAGACUUCAUAAGCACUACAUAAAUGCUUAAAUAAUCAUCUAUAACUAUAUGUCAUAAAGAGUGACAACCAUUCCCACUGUAGGGUGAAUUGCCAAAUGUAACAACACACCAUUUAAUCCGUUUUUUAUUUAUUUUAAAAUGUAACCUUUAUUUAACUACGCAAGUCAGUUAGGAACAAAUUCUUAUUUACAAUGAUGGCCUAUUUACAAUGACAUCACAAUGACAUUUCCUAUAAGGGAAAGAACAACAGAUGUUUACCUUGUCAGCUCGGUUACUGGCCCAAUGCUUUAACCACUAGGCUACCUGCCGCCCUGAUGACAUACGGUUAAAGAUGAUUUGUGACGCAUUUAUGUAGUGCUUAUGAAGCCUUUAUGUAUGCUAUACAAAACCCUUUAUAAGUUGUACUUCAUUUAAAGUGGGACCCAACAUUUACAUUGGUUUUGUUUUUACAUCUCAUUUGAAGAUGGUAAUGAGAAAUAUGACGGACAAUGUAUUGAUGUUUAACACAAUACUUUAUGCAUUUUUUUUAUACUGUACAACUUUGAAAUGUUUCAUGGUGACCAACAGAUCUUUUGUCAGUGUGUGAUAUCUUUUAUCAGACGUGCUGCUGAAUUCCUAACCUUUCUGGUUGUUUUGUGACCAAAUCCUAAUGGGGAUCAAUAAUUUGUUGGUAUCUGUAAUAACAUUUCCUAUAGGGGAUAUUUUUCUUUAUUUUAGUUGGAUAAUGGUAUCGUAAUAUUAUUGAAUAAAAUUACACGACUGACUUGA